AUGAGUGAACCCAGAGGUCAGAUGCAGAGUUCAAACGCUACAAGCAGCUCCUUAAUGGAACAACAGUCUGCUUCCCCCGACCCUGAUGUCCCACCUUCAUCUUCGUCUUCAAAGCUUGGCCAGAGCAAGUUCAGGAGAGUCAGCCGCACAGAGGACAGCAGUCCAUAUCCGAUCCCUGGCCUAGCAGCUGACAUCCUGCACAUGCGAGUGAAAGAAGGAAGCAAGAUCCGUAAUUUACUGCGGUUUGCAACAGCUCGCAUGGAAGGGGAAGGGGAAGGGAAAGACAGCAAUGGGACAUCGCUGAGACAGGUGGUCUUCACUGGCUCAGGAAGAGGAGUCACCAAGACCAUCACUUGUGUGGAGAUUCUGAAACGAAAAGUUGGAGAACUCCACCAGGUGUCAAAGCUCUACUACAAGACGGUGAAUGAGGUCUGGGAGAGUCCCCAGCAGGGAGCCCCAGGUAUAACCAUGCAGAGGACUGUCCCUGCCAUCUGUAUCCUGCUCUCUAAAGACCCUCUGGAUCCCCAGGAGCCUGGAUACCAACCCCCCCAAACCAAGAGUGUCCCCACAGAGGACGCAGAGAGACUCAGAGGUCUGAUCAGGCCGGCUCACAGUCCCUCCUCACAGCACACAGCCAAGAGAGUCUGUCUGGGUGACUGA